AUGAUGUGCAAAUGAGACAUUAUUGGAAAUGUUAUUUGCAGCAGAAGGAGGAGGAUUCUUCUCUUCAUCAGCUUCUGGGUAUAGCAAUGGUUUAGCUCUUCUUCUAUUAGGUCAGAAGAAUGAACAAAAGCCUGUCAAGGUGUCAUCAUCACAAUGGAACCAUUAUCAUUUGGUAGUUGAAGAAUCUAAUACCGGGUUUCGGUUAGAUUCGUCUAAGAACUGGCUCUCCUCUGCCUGCACUUCUCUUAUAUGUUUUGGUCGCAAAUCCGAAAGACCGGAUAAUCCAUCUCCUAUCCGAGUCAGUCCUUCUUCUAACUCUUCAGUUUAUCAUGAGGGGAAGAAGGAUCAGGCACCUAGUGUGGAGUAUAAUUGUGAAGUCACUAAUAGGUUUGCACUUAAGAGCAGUUUGAAGAAAAGAUCAUUUAGUGAUGUUGUUAUUGGUGAUGAUGAUGUGAGUAGAGAUGAAAGAAAAAAAAGAAAACUGUAG